CGGCGUUCUAGUGUCAGCAAGCUCGAGACGCUCGUUUGUUGCCAUGGCAGCUGCUCCCACAGGUGUAGAAGGUGGCUUGCCGAAAGUAGCUUAGCUAGCUAGCUAGAUGCCCGGCUUGGCUAAUGUUGCGUAUUUCUGAGUUUUUUUUGGAGAGGAGAGGCUCGGUCCAAUGAAGAUUAACAAAAAGAUGUAAUAAUAACGAAAUGACAUGACAGAACAGGAUGUUACGCUGCAGCGGACUGAAACGAACUCGACGCUAAUCAGGAGCACCAGGAGGGUCAGUCUAUUUUUUUGGUCGCGAGGGCCCGGCGGUGUUCAGUCAUGGGACUGGGUUGAAAUCAUAGCCGAAAUAUAUGGUGCUGUCCCUAGGCUUCCUGUACAACGUUACACUUCAGUCGGUUGUGUUUGUUAGAAGAUGCGACCCGCGAGCAAAAAGAAGCUAUAAAAACAGAUAAUAAUAAGCGCAAAAAACGGCGCUGAAAUGGCGACAAUUAAAACGAGGAAAGCGCUACAAAGUGACGCGGCCAGAGGAUCUAAACUCAGCAACUUUUUCAUUAAAACCAGCACGCAGUUUGAGAGUGAAAAGCCAAAUGAAGACGAUGAGACGGUUCUACACCAGCAGCCAGUCCAGUUUGCUGCUAACAGUGACUAUGAAGAGCCAAGCAGCAGCCCUGAGCCCAGAACUCCAGAGUGGCCAGUCGCAGUUUGCAAGCAGCCCCAUCUGGCAAGGAGUCGUGGAGUGUCCCUAAGUGAACAGACGUCAAGUCGCAGAGUCCCACGUCUGGCGCUCUCUUCAGGCGGGAGGGACUGCCUGCGCGCCGGAGACACCUGCUCCAGCGACGACACCUGCAGCCCACGACUGCGCACCCUCCGGCAGUGUGUGGCAGGGGACGGCAGCGUGAAGCUGGGGCCCGGGGCGCGGAACCAGUGUGAGAACGCCAUGACGGCGCUGCUGUCCACUCCUUUGCACGGCUGCCAAUGUAAACGAGGCAUGAAGAAGGAGAAGAACUGCCUGAGUAUCUACUGGAGUCUUCAUCAGUCAGUGCUGCACGGACUCAGCCUGGUGGAUAACUACCCGUAUGAACCAGAGGAGAGGGGCUCCGACUACGUCCGUCUGGCCUCCAUCGCUGCAGAGUCCGAAGUAACGACGGUGAACCGCUGCCUGGAUGCUGCCAAGGCUUGCAAUAUAGAUGAGACGUGUCAGAAGCUUCGUACGGAAUAUGUCUCAUCCUGCAUCCAGCCAUCAGCCCGCUCGGGGCCGUGUAACCGACCAAAGUGCAACAAGGCGCUGAGGAAGUUCUUUGACCGUGUUCCCCCUGACUACACCCACGAGCUGCUGUUCUGUCCCUGCACUGACACGGCCUGCGCAGAGCGCCGCCGGCAAACUAUCGUGCCGUCCUGCUCCUACGAAGACAAGGACAAGCCCAACUGCCUGGCCCAGCUGCGGAUCUGCAAAGCAGACUAUGUGUGCAGGUCUCGCUGGGCACAGUUCCAGUAUGAUUGCCAACCUUCUGAGCAGAGCGCAAGUGGCUGCAAGCAGGAGAACUACGGAGCAUGUCUACUCGCGUACACCGGCCUGAUAGGAAGCACAAUAACUCCCAACUACCUUGACAACUCCACAUCCAACGUGGGACCCUGGUGCUCGUGCGCAGCGAGCGGCAAUCACAGGGAACAAUGCACCGACUUCCUCACUUCCUUCAACGACAACGUCUGCCUGAGAAAUGCAAUCCUGGCCUUCGGGAAUGGAUCGGAUGAGAAAACGGACGCCAGCCAGCCCGGUAUGCCCAGUCUGGCAACGGACAACCAGAGCCCACACUUGGCAACCACUGCCCCGGGCGUCUCCAUGGAAACAGAGCAGAACAUUCUAAGAGCACAGAUACCUACUCAGGCAAACGAGAACGACAGAUUGUGGGGCGACGAGGGAGACUCCGCUCUUCCCUCUCCGGGCCUGUCGGACCGUGGAGUCGAGCCCCUCCGCCUGUCCCCGCUGCUGGGCCUCGGAUGGCUGCUCCUGCUGCUGCUCUCCGACCAAUGAGAGGCCUCGCUCGCCUGGCCUCCGCUGACCAAACUCCAGACCUGGGGGGGAGGGGUUGGUGUGAGAGAGAGAGAGAGAAACAGCCAUGUGUCAAAUGAUAGUGGGGAAAAAGGUCGACUGUCACAAGAAUCACACUUUAUCUCUUUUUGUAAAUCAUGACUCGGAGCACAUGUGUUGUGCAGCCCUUAAGAAGAGAAAACCACAGGGGAGGGGGGUGGGGGGGGAACAGGAAGUACACACCUCAUUUCUUGCUUCACGCCUGCCCAAAUAAACUCUUACACAACACACAUGCAGACUUUGCUCAUACGAAAAUAACGUCCAAGCUACAGAAGGGCCCGUGGGCUCAGGUGUACAGUGAAGAGACACUGAAGAUGCAGUGUGGGAAAAACUCUAAAAAAAAAAAAAAAUUAAAUAAAAAUAAUCUUUUGUCCCUGAACACUUCUUGAUGUUAAAGAAAAAAAAAUAUUACAUGUUAAGACUUUUGUCUCAGAUAAACUGUGAUAAAGUGUAACACGAAAUUUAAGGUGGAUGUGUGUUUGUCCACAUGCAGCACUCUACUCCUUGUUCUUUAUUUUGAUCGCACAUUUUGUCUGUUUUUUAAUUGAGACGUCAUUUUGUUACCGAGAAUGUUAGAUGGAAGCACAUCAUCGAGUCAAAUCGCAAUUAAAUUAUUUGACUGUUGUGUUUUAAGUUGCAGGAUGAACAGCUCAUUUCCAAAUAAAGAAUAUAUAUAUAGAAAGAAAAUGUAUUGAAAUUUAACAUUCAUAUAAGAUUAACAUCUCCCAAAGUCUAUCAAAGUGUUUUAUUUUGUCAAACAAGGACCUAUAUUACUUAUUAGCUUUUAGAGUAUUGUAAAUUGUUUUAAUUUUAAAAGCUAUAAAUCAUUUUGUACGAGUAGAUGUCACUUUUCGAAAAAGGUGAUUACCUGAUUUGGAAGGGGACUCUUCACAUAUUCAUUCAUUUAGCUUUAAGUGUGAGGGCCUGACAAACAUUUGGGUUUGUUCCUCUUAAGGAACAUAAAAAACAUGCUUUUGGUGACGCCAAAAGAUGGAAACAAGUCUAUAUUUUUUAACUGUAUGUGGACUUUUCCGCAGAGAAAAUAGCUAUCUCUAAGUUUGUGACCGAUUGUGGGAAAACAUAACCGGAUGCGUAUGUCUUUCGAGGGACUUGUGAGAUGAAGGUGGUUACCCGUGUUGGUUGCUGGGACUCUUUGCUCGACGAGGGACGCCAGAAGAUUUACAAUAUGUACUGUGAAAGCGCAGCUUGCUCUGUGAAGCGGACGUGUCUAUGAAAAGUGUUGAGAUCGAGGUUGGUUAGCUGCAAAGGCUCCUAACGAGGAAUGUGUCAUCUUCAAUACUCCCAUUGAAAUCAAUUAUCUGAAGAAACGCCCAUUUGUUUCACUGCAUUAUGAAAUUACACAACAUAUGCUGACUUCAACACCGAGACAGAAAACGUGAGCAGAACGGAUAAAAAUGACACAUUCUAGCUUAAGUUGGACCUAAAAAUAAGCUCAUAAUAUUGUUAAUUCUUCCUCACCGAUGUCCGUGUUGUUUUGAAAUGAGAGCCCAAAUGGCUUUUAAGGACCUAUCUUCUCACUUACCCCCAGUGGUACUGAGACAUGCAGAUAUUUUGGGUUUUAUUUGCCAAGGUUUUGUCAUUCUCUGAGAUUGCUGCUGCCAUCCAAAUACAAUAAAGAUCAUUGCAUUUUUUUCUUUGGAAAGAC